AAACUAGGCCUUGAAGGUGAGGCGGCCAUGUUAGGUAAGGGAAAAAAUGUUGAGAAAUUGGGGCGGGGCUUCUCUCUGCGCGUGCGCAAGAGUUACUCCUGUCAGUGUGGAAGAGGCCCGGUAUGUGACGUCAUAUUCCCUCGCCGGAAGAGAAGAGGGGUGUCUGUCAGAGGCGGCGCCAGUCCUGGAGGUUUUCCCGAGAGGCGAGCAGUGCUGCUGCAAAGGCGGUGGCUUCCUGGAGCCUCCUAAACUACUAUGGCAGAGAAGUGGACCGGUGGACACUCUUCUUCAGUGUUAUGUCUGAACGUCAGCAAAGAUGGCCUCUUGGCUUCAGGAGCAGAAGGAGGAGAGCUUACAAUCUGGAAUGAGGAAGGAUGUCCAUUGGAACAUGUGCAGCUCCAGAAAACAGAGGACGUCACUAGCGUUGUGUUUUCUUCCGCCUGUCCUGGGAGGCUGUAUGCUUCUCAUGGGGAGACUAUUAGCAUUCUUGAUGCCAGAUGUCUCAAGGAACCGGUUGAACAUUUCCAUGUAAAUGAGGAUGAGAUCAAUUGUCUUUCGGUAAAUGAAACAGACAGUUUCUUAGCUGCUGCUGACGAUUCUGGAGCAAUAAAGAUAAUUGACUUGGAAAGCAAGAAGUUAAGCCGCUGCCUGAGAAGACACUCAAAUAUUUGUUCAUCUGCUGUGUUUCGACCUCAGAGACCUCAAAGCCUUCUUUCAUGUGGCCUGGAUAUGAAGGUUAUGAUGUGGAAUUUGCAGAAAGCUCGCCCACUGUGGAUUGUGAACUUGCAAGAAGAGGAAGCAGAUGAGCAGUCAGCUGGCCAGCUCUUUAACCCACCCCUAGCCUAUUCUUUGUCUGUUUCUGUCUGCGGCAAUGUUUUUGGUUGUGGAGCUGAAGAUGGUAAAAUCAGGAUCUUCCGGGUAGUAGGUUCCAAAUUUGAACAGGAGGUAGCAUUUAAGGGUCACUCCUUAGGAGUGUCACAAGUUUUAUUUUUACCAGAACCCUACCAGUUCAUUUCAGGAGGAAAUGAUGGCAAAGUAUUGUUAUGGGAUGUCAGCAAUGAAGUAGGGAAACUGAAGAGUCCAGUCAGGCCCAUUCAUAGAAGGAAGACCAAGAUGUCCAAUGCCAAGAAAGUUGACAAAACAAACACAGAGCCUACAAGUGGAUGUGUACCCUUUUCACCAAAACUGACUAUUGAGCAUGGAGAGAAAGUGAACUGGAUUUCAUACAUAGAGAUUAAGGGUUCUAGGAGAGUACUGGUUGCCGAUCAGUCUAGCAGUAUAUCUGUCUAUCCUAUUGCUGAACCUUAAACAUAUCUCAAUAAGUAACUUGAUUCCUUGAUGUACUGGGUCUACCUGUUUGGGACUUUUUCUUCUUCUUCUUCUUCUUUUUUUUUUUGAAACACCAUCUUUAUUACCUCAAAUAAAUUAAAUCAACUGCACACAUUCUGCAUAUCGAUAAAUAAAUAAAUAUACUGAAGUUAAUAAACCUAACUCAUUGUAUCAGUAAUGGGAUUUCUUGGGCUAAAUCUGGUAUGAUCUUACUGAUGAACUGGCAGUCAAAACUGUUGGUUGUAAAUAUAUGUAAUAUAUUUGUAAAUAUAUGUAAAUAUAACAUCUCUGCCUUGUAAAAAAAAGGAAAAAUAAAGAAAUCCUUGCACUAUUUAAAAUUAAAAAUACAUUUUUUUUC